AUUUAUAAACUCAAAAUACAUCAAUAAAAAUGAACGACAACAUCACCAUAUAAUACCAACAAAAACUCACUUCAAGUUCAUAUCACCUCUAAAAUCCCGCUGCUCACUCCUCUCUUCUCUCUCGGGCACCUCAAAACCCAUUAAACCCCAAUUCCUCUCAAAAUCCUUCUAAACUUUCAUAGGCCAAGACCAAGCCCCAGCUCACUUCUCCGAAAUUCCAGGGUCUCCAGACCCGACCACUGGGAAAAGCGGCAUUUGUGCUGACAAACCGAUGAGAAGACAAAGGAAUAGAGCCAAAGUCUGGUACCCCUAUGACUUCCAGAAAGGAGGUCUCCAAGACAGCCAGAAACAGAUUGGGGAAUGUGAAGAGGAAAAGAAUGGGAAGGGAGAACAGUUUCAUUGAGAAAAAACCAAUGAUAUGGAGAAAUUACCUCUCCUAGCUCCUAGCAGUUACGGUAUGAGCAGAACUGAUUGUCAGACAGCUGAAUCACAAGAAAGAAUCAGCGUUUCUGGGAUCCCUGUGGUUAUCGAAAAAUACUAAACUUCGAAACUUCAUUAUUAACUUU